AUGAAUAGUAAUCGCAAAAGUUGGGUAUGGCAGUAUGCUAAUUGGGUAGAAAAUAAAGCAUAUUGCAAUUUAUGUUCUGAAAAUGAAAAUAAUGAGUUCUGUUGUAAUGGUGGAUCCACAGGGUCUUUAGGAACACACUUAGCAACAAUUCAUAAUAUACAGCCGUUAUCCAAUAAUUCUAAAUCAAAAAGAGAUGCUAGUCGUCAUGAAAUCGAUAAUCUUGAAAUGUUCUGUGCUUCAACAUCCACCUCGACUCAAAGCACUUCUGAAUCACAAGUUACUGAUAAUAAUCAUCGUCAACCUAGAAAACGUCGUCGGACUUAUGCCAAUAGAAAAAACGAUGACUUUUGUAAUUCCGAAGAAACGGAACUUAUACAUCAGGCACUAGCUAAAAUGAUAUCCAUGAAUCAAAUGCCUAUAUCAUUUUGCUCAAGUGCUGGGAUAGUUAUAUUACGGUUACUGCACAUGAUUAAUGAUGAGUGGUGUCCAAAGUCUUAUACGCUUACAACUCAAAAAAUGGAAGAGUCUCAUACGGCUUCAAAUCUUGCAUAUCAAUUGGAAAAUACUUUUGAAAAAUGGGAAAUUGACCAAAAAGUAAUUACAAUUGUUACUGAUAAUGCAAAAAAUGUAUUAAACGCUGUACAAAUGCUGUCUAAUGUGUCGGAAACAAAUGAUUUGACAUGUGCAGCUCAUACCGUACAACUUGCGGUGAAAUACGGAUUACAGCAGGAUAAUAUUAAUUUAUUAAUAACACAAUGUAGUAAGAUAGUAAGCCAUUUUAAACAUUCAAAUUUAGCUAAACACGCAUUAAAAAAUAAACAAACCCAACUUGGACUAACUGAACAUACAUUAAUACAAAGUUGUGCAACUAGGUGGAAUUCUGUAUACUUGAUGUUGAAUCGCCUUUACACAAAUAGAUGUGCAAUAUGA